AUGGACAAGGCACAGGAUGGACUGCUACGGCGGCCCCUUUAUCUCUUUGAUCUACCCCCAGAAAUCCUCAAUUCACUUACCCCCAAACCAGACGCGGGGUUAACUGUCGCAGAUGCGCCAACUGCUUCCGCUUCCUCAGGGGAGCUAACCCCGAGUCCCGCCAGCGCCGAAAACAUCCUCGGAUCACAGACCUGCUCCUUGUGCGGCAUGUCGUUUGUCACGGUCGAAGAACAAAAGGAACAUCUUAAGACCGACCUCCAUUAUUACAACCUCAAACAAAAGUUGAACGGCCUCAAACCCGUUUCCGAAGCCGAGUUUGAGAAACUUGUCGAGGAGAACGAUGUGAGCAUCUCGGGGUCGGACACAUCCGAUAAUGAGGACGAGGAGGACGAGCCGUCGCGCAGGGAGACGACCCUUUCGGCCCUGCUGAAGAAACAAGCAUCGCUGGCGGAUAAGCGUAACCCGGAUGACGAGGGUACAGAGGCUGAGCCAAAGAAGAAGAGGGGGGGUGGGAAACCGCCAUUGCUGUGGUUUGAGUCGCCGCAGCUACCAGACCGUACUUAUUUUGGGAUAUACCGGAGCUUGUUCACUGCAAAGGAGUUAGACAAGGAAGAUGCGAUUAUCGAAGCCAUCAAACAACGACAGUUGCCGCCGAUAUCCAUGCCCAAGGCCGCCAAGGAUGGGAAUACCAUCCCCCCUGCUUACAAUGGCAGGCACAUAUUUCUCUGCAUGAUGGGAGGUGGUCACUUCGCCGGCAUGGUGGUGUGCUUAGCUCCAAGGAAAACAAAGCACGGCUCAGUUGGGCCGCUCAACAGGGAGGCUGUCGUUUUGGCACACAAGACCUUCCACAGGUACACGACUCGACGGAAACAGGGUGGCUCACAGUCCGCCAACGACAAUUCUAAGGGAGCUGCUCACUCGGCCGGUGCCUCGAUACGCCGGUACAAUGAACAAGCCCUCGUCGACGACAUUCGCGAGCUUCUCAAGGACUGGAAAGCCUUGAUCGACACAUCCGACCUGCUUUUCAUCCGAGCGACCGGUGCGACAAACCGACGGACGCUAUUUGGGCCGUACGACGACCAAGUCAUGCGCUCCAACGACCCCCGCAUCAGGGGUUUCCCCUUUACCACGCGGCGAGCAACGCAAAACGAGCUCAUGCGUGCCUUUAUCGAACUCACCCGUCUCAAGGUCAAGGAGAUCCAGCCCGAAGAGGCCUCUGCCCCAACAGAGACAACCAAAGCCCCCAAACCAAAAGCCGACUCCAAACCAGCCCCCCCAAAACUCACCGAAGAAGAAGAAGCCGCCAUCUUCCACACCAACCAAAUCCAAGCCAUGAUCCGGCGCUCCAAACUCCCCGCCCUCCUCACCUACCUCACCACCAACCACCUCCCUGCCACCUUCCGCUUCCAACCCGCGGACACGCAACAAAACCACCACGCGCCCACCGCCCUCCACCUCGCGGCCGCGCAAAACUCGGCCCCGCUCGUCGCCGGCCUCCUCGCCCGCGCCAACGCCGACCCCACCCUCCCCAGCAGCGAGGGCAAGACCGCCUUCGACCUCGCCGGCGACCGCGCUACCCGCGACGCCUUCCGCGUGGCCCGCGCCGAGCUGGGCGAGGCCGCCUGGGACUGGGACGCUGCGCGCGUGCCGCCGGCGCUGGCGCGGGAGGAGGCGGAGAAGAGGGCCAAGAGGGAGAGGGUGGCGGCGGAGAGGGAGGAGGGGUUGAGGAGGGAGAAGGAGGAGGAGAGGUUGAAGGUUGAGGGGCCGAGGGUGGAUGGUUCUGGUUCUGGUUCUGGUGGGGGUGGGAGGAGGGGGAAGAAGGGGGGGCAUGUGUUGGGUGCGGGACCGCCGAAGACGGCGGAGGAGAGGAGGGCUGAGGAGGCGAGAGGGUUGACGGGGGAGCAGAGGGCCAGGUUGGAGAGGGAGAGGAGAGCGAGGGCUGCUGAGGAGAGGAUUAGGAGGUUGCAGGCGGGUGGUGGAAAAGAUGUGACUCUUGGGGCGGCGAAAGGGGCAUCUCGCACACUCUGGCUUGCGCCUCUGACUUGCGGCAAUGGCAACACCAAAUUCAACAUGUCCCCUGCACCAACUGCUCACCCCCACGUAUAUCAUCGAGAUGGCCAAGUCCAGCGGGCAAGGGGUGCAGCCAUCCAACUCCUUGUCGCCCUUUCACCCGGCCUGGUACUUACCCUCCAGCCCUCUCUACGAAAGUAG